CUUCCUAUCAGCUGUCAAAACGUAUGCAACAACAACAAAACAUAAACAUCGAUAAAUCGUGAAAAUUUCAUUCGCAUAAUCAACACCAAUUGCUGCAAUCUGUCCGUGGUGCUUUGCUGCAUCGAAUUGCAGUACACGUUGCGGGUUUUUUUUCUUGGUAAGGCUGGUUGCACAAUGAGAAAGUUGGUGGUGAUACUAAAAUCCGAAAGCGAUAACGCGGACAACUAUGGCACACUGCUGGAGAAGCACGGUUUCGUACCCGUGUUCAUACCGACGCUAGAUUUUUGCUUCAAAAAUUUGGAAGUGUUGCGGGAUCACUUACUGUCGCCUUACAAGUACUCAGGCCUUAUCUUUACCAGUCCCCGAAGUAUAACGGCCGUCCGCGAUGCGGUGCAGGGCCAGAAGCUGAAGGACGACUGGAAAACGCUGGAAAACUACAGCGUCGGUGAGACGUCACGGGAGCUAAUCCAGCGAACGCUUGACCUCGACACAAAGGGCCACCAUUCGGGGAAUGCCAGCAAUUUGGCCGACUUUAUAAAAACCGAUCUGUACAACAAAACCGUCACGAUGCCCUUCCUCUUUCCGUGUGGCAAUCUCAAGCAGGAUGUGCUGCAGAACAAGCUGUCCGAGUACGGUUACUCGCUCGAUUCGGUGGAAGUGUACGAAACGGUACCACAUCGCGACCUAGAGCGAAAUCUAGUCGCUCUGUUUCGCGGUGAGCGGGAGGAGAAAAGUGAUCGGACGAUCGACAGUUUACUCUUUUUUAGCCCAUCCGGUAUAAACUACUGUGCGCACGUGUUUGAAAAGCAUCGGAUCGACCUGACCGGCAAACGGAUCAUUGCGAUCGGGCCAAGCACGAAAAAGGCGAUCGAGAACAAAGGCAUUACGGUGCAUCGGACUGCAGAGAAACCGUCACCUGAUUACGUCGUUGGAGCAUUGCUUCAGGACACUUAAGAUGCACUGGCGGAUGAAAGAGGAGAAACCAGCGAAAGGGGUCCUAGAAACAGAUUACCAGAGUGCAAUAAUCCGUCUUCGGUGUAUAUUUUUUUCCUAAAUGUUGAUGCGACAGAAGACAAAGUGUUUGGGUACUUUUAUCUAGUAAUUCAGUAGCCAAGAAGUGCUGGAAACUUGUAGGGUUAAGCGAUACCAGAAGAAACCUAACUAAAUGAUCGUGAAUGUUAUUGAUAUCUUGUUGUUAUAAAAUGUAUACUAGCCAGUUGGAAUAAUGGAUGAAGUUUUAAUUAGAAAGUCUAUCCCAAUUUGGAUGAUUUCAUUUAUAGUGUUUUUUAAAAUCUGUUAGCUUUUUAUUACUAAAUACAUCACCCAAUAGGAGCUGGAAGGAACAGGGAAAGGAUGAAAAACAUUUGUAUCUGAACGAGAGAAGCAGUGGAAACACCAUUAACUUCCAUCGCUCAUAUAUCUGGUGCCAUCUAGUUCCCAUCCCUGAUCCUUUUUCUAUUUUCUUAAGAAUCUUUUAGUUGACGUAACUUCCUCUCUUGAUAUAUAGCCUACUGGCGGACGUUCAAUUGUGUCCAAUAGCAAUAGACAAAACAAAGGACCGUGAAGUCAAUUUCUAGCGCUGUUUUAGUGAUAAUCGUGUACGCUCCCGGGUAGAGAACCGAGCACUAGUUGUUGCGGAAAUGUGGAAAAUGUAUGCCAAUAAGCCAAAUGAAGAUACAAUAAUGAACAUUAAGUUCCUCGGCUCACAGCACCGUGUGAGAACUAAGGCCUAGCCGAAACGGGACACUAGCUACAUUUAGAAGGCUUUUUUUAGCAAUAUUUUAAAGAAAAAUAUCCCUACAUUAUUGUCGAUUUUGUUUUUGCGAUUUCUUUCAUUUUUAUGUAGUCGAUACUUUAUUAGAUGUUUUGUUGAAAAUAGAUUUUUAUUUUCUUAAAGAAACAGUAAAAUAAUAGUUUUAGCUUAGCAGAACGUCAAACCGUUCAAGGAUUAGCGUACGACAUCAAAAAUAUUGAUAUAAAAUAAUGGUUACACAUUUUGAUCUAGUUUCUUGUUUAAAUUACGUUUUUGAGCGCGUUUACAAUAAAACACUAGAAGGUGUCAGCAAUGGCAAAA